AUGCGGGCGGAGGAGCCGCUGGCGCUGGCGGCCCCGCGGGCGGGCGAGGCGGAGGCAGAGGCGCCGGGCGAGGAGCGGAGCGCCGGCGGCGGCAGCUGCUGCAGCAGCGAGCGGCUGGUGAUCAACAUCUCCGGGCUGCGGUUCGAGACGCAGCUGCGGACCCUCUCCAUCUUCCCCGACACGCUGCUGGGCGACCCCAGCCGCCGGGUGCGCUACUUCGACCCGCUCCGCAACGAGUACUUCUUCGACCGCAACCGGCCCAGCUUCGACGCCAUCCUCUACUAUUACCAGUCCGGGGGGCGGCUCCGCCGGCCGGUCCAUGUGCCUCUCGACAUCUUCCUGGAGGAGAUCCGCUUCUACCAGCUGGGCCAGGAGGCCAUCGAAACCUUCCGGGAGGACGAGGGUUUCAUCCAAGAGGAGGAGAAGCCCCUGCCCCAGCACCACUUCCAGCGUCAGGUCUGGCUGCUCUUUGAGUACCCCGAGAGCUCUGGGCCGGCCCGCGCCAUCGCCAUCGUCUCCGUGCUGGUCAUCCUCAUCUCCAUCGUCAUCUUCUGCCUAGAGACCCUGCCGGAGUUCCGCCAGGAGCCCAAGGGCACCCAGCCUGGCUUCGGGGAGGCAGCACCGCUCGGCGACGAGGCGCUGCUGCUGCCGCCGCCGCCGGCCCCGAGCGGGACCCCGCCGCCCCUGCGCCCUGCCGCCGGCGCCGGCCCCUUCUUCACGGACCCCUUCUUCCUCAUCGAGACCCUGUGCAUCAUCUGGUUCUCCUUCGAGCUCCUCGUGCGCUUCUUCGCCUGCCCCAGCAAGCCCGAGUUCUCCCGCAACAUCAUGAACAUCAUCGACAUCGUGGCCAUCAUCCCCUACUUCAUCACCCUGGGCACUGAGCUGGCCCAGCAGCAGCAGCAGAAACAACAAUCUGGGGGCAGCAGCAACAACGGGGGCCAGCAGCAAGCCAUGUCCCUGGCCAUCCUCAGGGUCAUCCGUCUGGUCAGAGUCUUCAGGAUCUUCAAGCUCUCCAGGCACUCCAAGGGGCUUCAGAUCUUAGGGAAGACUCUCCAGGCCAGCAUGAGGGAGCUGGGCCUCCUCAUCUUCUUCCUCUUCAUCGGGGUGAUCCUCUUCUCCAGCGCUGUCUACUUUGCAGAGACUGAUGACCCUGACUCCCUGUUCACCAGCAUCCCUGAUGCUUUUUGGUGGGCAGUGGUGUCCAUGACCACCGUGGGCUACGGGGACAUGUAUCCCAUGACCAUUGGUGGCAAGAUUGUGGGCUCCUUGUGUGCCAUUGCAGGUGUGCUCACCAUCGCCCUCCCCGUUCCUGUCAUUGUGUCCAACUUCAACUACUUCUACCACCGAGAGACUGAUCAUGAGGAGCAGUGCCAGUACACCCACGUCACCUGUGGCCAGCAACAGUCACCCUUCUUUGAGCCUAAGAAGGGGGACAGUAACCAGUCUCUCAGCAAAUCUGAAUUCCUGGAAGCAGAAGACCUGGAGUCCAUGAAAUACUCCAACUUCAUUCCUCCCAGUAACCAGGGUUUUAAAGAGAAGAAGAUGCUGACAGAGGUGUGAUCAGUUACGUUCUCCUGGGUCCAGACAUGGAGCUGCGAGCUGCUGUACAGCAGCCUUCCUACAAGCAGCUGGAUCUAUUCAGCAUUUACAUGCCAGACUGUGAAUUGUGAUACCGUAAACAGAAUGAUUGUGAUAAUGGGCUCUUCUGUCCUGAUUUGCUGUUUCUCAUUACUGUGUGCGGCCAGAAAUGUUCUUGCUUUAUUCCGUGGAGUGCUAGCUGUCAUCCCCACUCCCCUGUGAAUUUCUUUCUCUGCUUUUGAAGACUGCUUUUAACCCAACAUUUGCUCUGAAACCAAGCAUUGUUACUCCACUGGCAGAGAAGCCCUUGCCACUACUUCGGCUGAAGGAUUCAGCAGAGUGAACAGUUAAAGGGGCCGCAAACAUCUGGCUCAAGCUGUGCCCUUGGUUCCUGUGCCGGCGCGGUGCCCUUGGCUGUGGGAUCGGUCACGCCUGCCAUGCCAUUGCCUUUGAAUAAUGGAAACGCUGCAGCCAGGAGCACAGCGAGCUCUGCAGCUGUAGGGGAGAGUCAGCAAGCAGAUGCCUGCCUUCUUUGCAACCCUUGGCAUGCUAAAGAUCCUCUUUUUGGUUUGUGUUUCAAGAGAAAAAAAAAGGUACAUAGAUCUGAAGGCUCUUUUGCUGCUCGUCACCGUAUAUACCAUGUAUCAAAAACAGGCUUGUAGCAGUCAACAGUACUGGUGAUGAUUCUCUGUAUUUUGAGCUUAUCUCAGCCUUAUUUAUGCCAGUGCCCUGAUGUUAAUUGGCCUUUAUAGUACCAACUUAAUCUUCAUAGUGGUAAGUGCCUUCUGAUGCAAGGCGCAUUUGAGUAAAUUCAUUUGUUAUCUCCACACAAUAGCGUUUAGUAAGAUGUGCUUUGUGCCUCAGAUACCCAGCUCUGUAUUUGGGCAUGUGAGAGCAGUUGACUCCACUGCUUUUUUUCAUUGAGCAUUCGUAUAGCUGAGGGAAGUUUGCAUGGUAGUAUUUUGUUGGCAAGGCUGAAAAAUUCUGACCACAGGCAGCUGCACCUGUGCUGUGGGAGGAUCUCAAAGGUUUAACGACUCACAGGCAUAAAUUGCUUCAGGGUAAGGGCGUUAACAUUUGAGACUGUGGUUACAAACUUCCCUAAGCUACCUGCACAAACCCAACGGUUUCAAAUGAGGGGAGAAGCAACUAGCCUUGAAGGGAUGCUUUUGCUGUAUGACUGAUCCAGCCAGUGUUUGGUGUUCCAUGGAUAGAAGGGACAGCAGUGUUUUUUGCACUGGGUUUUAUGAGAGCAGUAUAUGCCAGCAAUGCAAGAUAUGCAUAGCUUGGCCUGCAGUGCCGGGUUUGCCAAGAUUUGUGUCUUAAGAUGCACAUUUUGCUUCUGAGAUCAUUGAAUUAGUUUCAGUCAGCUCUGCCUUACAUCGAAGUUUAAAAUGUUUCAGCUGCUGCCAGCAGGUGAAAAGGGGGAAUGGAUGCUUUCAGAUUCUACUGGCAAAUUUUUCUGCAAGGAAAAGCCUUUCUUGUUUAAAAUCUAAGUGUAUAUUUUGCAUUCACAUGUCUGCAUGUGUAUGAAAGCAAAGGCAGCCGUUAAUGCCUUGCAUGAUCUUGUAUGAUAUGCAUAUUAGAAUGUACUCCAUAUUGCAUGUGACGCAUGGAAUACAUAAACCAGACAUAAUAUCCAGGUGCAAAAUACAUAGAAUGCGUUUUAUGUAUAUAUAAUGCUUUUCAGCCAUAAGACUGAGAAUGCUAAAGGCAUAUCAUGGAAUCGUAGAAUGGCCUGGGUUGGGAGGGACCUAAAAGAUCAUCUGGUUCCAACCCUUCUGCUGUGGACAGGGACACCUUCCACUAGAUCAGGUUGCUCAGAGCUCCAUCCAUAUACUUUAAUAUAGUUAGAACUGGCUGUGAGAAGGGAUCUGUUUGCAUCUUCAUUACCCUGCCUGUUUGCAGUCAUCUUGAGAUAUGGCUCCAUGCCUAGAGUGCUUUUACUGUGGCCUCUCCUCAUCUGGGCCCUGGUCAUAUGGUAGAAGUUGUUUGUGCAAAUCCUGACUCUGCUCCAUUUCUCCAGAGCCCUGUUAUCCUCUCCAAGGUUUUUAGCAUGCGGGGAUCUCCCGUGGGGUCAGCACACAACCAUUGCAUUAAAAUCUCUGUUCUCUCUCUCUGAAAUCAGGAGGAAAAUGCCACUUGUGUCAGUCUGGGAGAUACAGGCGUGGUGUGGUGAGGGCUCGUAGCUCAGAGGAGUGUGCCUGAAUAGUGUAUAAUUUCUCUUUGCUUCCUUGGGAUUGAGGCAAAGGUUUGUGGAGCUCUGGGCCUUGGGAGCCAUUCUGCAUCCCUUGAAGAGUGUAAUCAGCUGGUGGGUAAGUUGUCCUGGUGAAUAAGUGGGACUGAGGAAGGAGAUCAGCAUGGUGGCAUCUCUGUUGAUUUUGUCUAAAAGGACCCAAGUCCAGGUCAUUGAGUUUAUUGAGUAAAAAGCUGGUGUUGUUGUUAGUUGUGUUUCAGGGUCACUAUAAUGAGAUCUUUACUGAGAGGGCAAGAGAGGGACUUCCCUUCGAAUUUCAUGUUGCUGGAAACCAGCCAAGGAACCUGCUGUUUAAGAGGAAUGUUUCAAGGCUCCUGCCCUAUCUUAGCAGAAUGCCCAUGUUUGGGGAUAUUUUAUGCCUGAGUGUAUCAGCUGAUAGAAGUUUCCCCAAAGUAAGAUAUAAAAAACUCAGGUUAAAACAUAAGUUCGGGAGGAGUCAUGAGACGCACGCUGAGCCUGUGUCAAAAAAUUCCUGUGCUCGUUUCUUCCCUUCAGCCUGGCCCCGUUGCCCUUACCAGAGCCCUCCCUGCUCAGAACAGGUUGUUCUCCUGACCAACAUGACAGACCUCUGGGCAUGGAGACUCCGGCAAAAAAAGAGAUUUCCUGUUCUCUGGUGAAAUUCAGCAGUGACUUUCUAGUGGGUUUUAAAAGUCUUCAUACAGACGAGGGGCAUGCAUACCCAAGGUGCGAAGGAAUUCUGUUGUAAACAGGCAGCUUUGUGCAGAUUUUGUCAUCCACAUUUUUAAUUUUUCAAAAGAAAGUGCAUGUAAAAAUGUGCAAAGCAGGAGUGGUGUUUGUUCCCUGGAUUUUCUGUGUUAGAGCGAAGAGAAAUGCAAAAAGC